AUGGUCUCGCUAACUGCCCAGAAUAACAGGGAGAUGCCCGAAGAGUAUCAGGACGGCAUCCAUUACCUCAACAAGGUUGUCCUGAUGUGUGAAGGGGAGUAUGUAUUCCAUGUCCAGGAUUUCACUGUUGGCUGAGCCAAAAUCCCAGUCAACAGUAGUGCGGGCCAGGCCUACCCGUGCCACUCAGACCAGUUCUCCUAGCGCAUGGUGGUUCAUUCUGAGUACACCACUGAGAUCAAGUGGAAUUAACAGGAAGUAG